ACAGGCAGAGAGAGAGAGAGAGAGAGAGAGAGAGAGAGAGAAAGGAGGAGGGGUGGUGGGGGGGCGUUCUGCAAUAAUAUAGUCAGCCAUUUUUUAUGUAAGGGGAUUUUUCUUAUUGGGGGGGUUGUUAAAAAAUAAAUAUAAGGGCGGCCAUCUUUGUUUCUUUGCGUUGUAGUGUAAAAUAUUCCAAAACGCCCCCCACUUUUUUUCUGGAGUCGAUUUGAAUAUUAAAUAAAUAUCAUAAUUCCGGAGGAUUUCUGAUUUCGAGUACGGAGCCGAUGACAGGAAUAUAAUGUCCUCUCCUCUCCGGUCCUGUGAGGAAUACAAGGGCAUGUUGGUUAAUUCCAAAGGAGGAGAUUUUGAUGAAGAAGAGGACGACGGAGAUCUAGACGAGAACGCAAGCGACAUAAACUCGCCGGCGGCGCCUCGAGAAACUGCAACACUAGCCGCGCCAGAGGAAGAAGGGGGGGCAUUGGACAGGGACAGUCUAGGGAGGAAGAAACGAGGGCCCAAGAAGAAGAAGGAGACAAAGAAGAAGGAGAAAGAGAAAGAAGGAAAACUCUCCAAAGCUAAAAAACGGAAAAAGAUUGACAGUGAUGUAGAGAGGGACUCGGAGAGAGAGAGAGACUAUGGAGAGAACUCUGACAGUGCAGCCAGCAUCUUUGCUUGUGAGAAAAAGAAGAAGAAGAAACACAAGGAGAAGAAGGAGAAGAAAAAACAAAAGAUGAAAAAAGACAAUGGGGACAGCACGCAAGAGGAGACAAUAAAGCCAAUAGAACAAAAGACAUCGGCCCAGCUGGCUAAAGACUGGGGUCUGGAGGAUGUGGAUCAUACCUUCACUGAAGAUGACUACCGCACACUCACCAACUACAAAGCCUUUAGCCAAUCUAUGAGGCCCAUGAUCGCCAAGAAGAACCCUAAGAUCCCAAUGUCCAAGAUGAUGACCAUCCUGGGGGUCAAGUGGAGGGAGUUCAGUUCCAACAACCCCUUCAAGGGCUCAGGUGCUGCGGCCGUGGCAGCUGCAGCCGCGGCCGCCGCCAUUGCCGUCGCCGAGCAGGUCUCCGCAUCAACCGCUUCCCCAUCCCCGGAGCCCCCACCGCCCCGGAAGCAGCCCCAACCCCCCCGGCUGGCCCCCCAGCCGCCACCCCCGCUCCGCAAGGCCAAGACCAAAGAGGGCAAAGGCCCUGGAUAUAAGAAGAGUCGCAGUAAGAGUCCUCGUGUUCUGGCUGAGAGGAAGAAGGCGGUGGCAGCGGCGGCGGCAGCAGCAGUAGCGGCGGCAGCAGCAGCGAAGGCCAAGAAGAUGGCUCCCAUACGCAUCAAACUAGGGCCUCUAGGCAACAAGAGGAAGAAGAGCAGCUCUAGUGGGGAUGAUGUUGAGGAGGAAGAUUCAGAGCAGGAGGACUCCAGUGUCCACAGCUCCUCGGUCCGCUCCGACAGCUCGCCCCGCGUCAAGAAGAACAAAAGAGGACGGCCCGCCAAGAAGAAGAAGAAAAUGCUGGGUGAGGGUGAUGUGGAGGUGGAUGGUUAUGAGACAGACCACCAGGACUACUGUGAGGUCUGCCAGCAGGGAGGGGAGAUUAUUCUGUGUGACACCUGUCCGAGAGCCUACCACCUGGUCUGUCUGGAGCCUGAGCUGGAGAAGGCCCCCGAGGGCAAGUGGAGCUGCCCCCAUUGUGAGAAAGAGGGGAUCCAGUGGGAAGCGAAGGAUGAGGACUUUGAGGAGUUUGAGGAGGAGAGUGAGGACAUGGUGGUACCAGAAGUACCCGGGGUUGGACUGCUGGUAGGACUGGAGGAAGAGGAGGAUGAGCACAUGGAGUUCUGCAGGGUCUGUAAGGAUGGGGGGGAACUAUUAUGCUGCGACACCUGUCCCUCCUCCUACCACAUCCACUGUCUCAACCCGCCCCUGCCUGAGAUCCCCAACGGAGAGUGGCUGUGUCCGCGCUGCACUUGUCCUGCCAUCAAAGGCAGGGUACAGAGGAUCCUCCACUGGCGAUGGGGCGAGCCCCCCGAUCCUGUACCCGUGCCCCCCGCCCCCGAUUCCCCCCCUGAUGCUCCCCCGCCACCCCCCAUGAAGGGCAGGGCCGAGAGAGAGUUCUUUGUCAAGCUGGUCGGACAGUCCUACUGGCACUGUACCUGGAUCACUGAACUACAGCUGGAGAUCUUCCACUCGGUAAUGUUCCGUAACUACCAGAGGAAGACAGAUAUGGACGAGCCUCCCAGUCUGGACUAUGGGUCAGGGGGAGAGGAGGAGAGUGUUAAGAGUGAGAAGAGGAGGCUGAAAGACCCCGACUAUGCUGCCCUGGAUGACAAGUUCUAUAAAUACGGCAUCAAGCCUGAAUGGAUGAUGGUCCACCGCAUCAUCAACCACAGUGUGGACAAGAAGGGGAUAUACCACUACCUGGUCAAGUGGAGAGACCUGACCUAUGACCAGUGCACAUGGGAGAGAGACAAUCUGGAAAUGCCAGAGUUUGUCAUCCACAAGGCAAACUACUGGGCACACAGGGAUGAGGUGAUGAAGGAGGCCCCAGACAUGCCGAGGAGGAUGAGGAGCAUGAGGAUGGAGGAGAGCGAAGACCCACACAGAUCACCUGUCAAUGACCCUACGAUAAAGUACGAGGAGCAGCCAGACUUUGUGACAGCGACGGGGGGCACUCUGCACCUGUACCAGCUGGAGGGGCUCAACUGGCUGCGUUUCAGCUGGGCACAGGGCACUGACACCAUCCUGGCAGACGAGAUGGGGCUGGGCAAGACUAUCCAGACCAUCGUCUUCCUCUACUCACUCUUUAAAGAGGGCCACACCCGUGGCCCGUUCCUGGUGAGUGCCCCCCUCUCCACCAUCAUUAACUGGGAGAGAGAGUUUGAGAUGUGGGCCCCGGACUUCUACGUGGUGACCUACACAGGGGACAAGGACAGCAGAGCAAUCAUCAGAGAGAAUGAGCUGACCUUUGACGACACGGCCAUUAGGGGAGGGAAGAAAGCCUUCAAACUGAGGAGAGAAGCCCCAAUAAAGUUCCAUGUCCUGUUGACCUCCUAUGAGCUGGUGACGAUAGACCAGACCUCCCUGAAGUCUAUAGACUGGGCCUGUCUAGUGGUGGACGAAGCCCAUCGCCUCAAGAACAAUCAGAGCAAGUUCUUCAGACGUCUGAAUGACUAUAAGAUUGACCACAAGCUGCUGCUGACUGGUACUCCUCUCCAGAACAACCUGGAGGAGCUGUUCCACCUGCUCAACUUCCUCACUCCCAACCGCUUCAAUAACCUGGAGGGGUUCCUGGAGGAGUUUGCCGACAUCUCCAAGGAGGACCAGAUCCAGAAGCUACAUGACCUGCUGGGCCCACACAUGUUGAGGAGGCUGAAGGCUGACGUCUUCAAGAACAUGCCGGCCAAGACAGAGCUCAUCGUACGAGUGGAACUCAGCCCCAUGCAGAAGAAAUACUACAAGUUGAUUCUGACGAGGAACUUUGAGGCUCUGAACUCGAAAGGAGGAGGUAACCAGGUGUCUCUACUCAACAUCAUGAUGGACCUGAAGAAGUGUGCCAACCACCCCUACCUCUUCCCUGUCGCCUCCAUGGAAGCCCGUAAGACUGCAAGCGGAGCAUACGAGGGCACGGACCUCACAAAGGCUUCUGGGAAACUGACUCUUCUGCAAAAGAUGAUGAGAAAACUGAAGGACCAAGGACACCGCGUGCUCGUCUUCUCACAGAUGACUAAGAUGUUGGACCUGUUGGAGGACUUCCUGGACUUUGAGGGUUAUAAGUACGAGAGGAUCGACGGAGGAGUCACAGGGGCUCUGAGACAGGAGGCCAUAGACCGGUUCAAUGCUCCUGGUGCGCCUCAGUUCUGUUUCCUGCUGUCCACCAGGGCAGGGGGUUUGGGUAUUAACCUGGCUACAGCUGAUACCGUCUUCAUCUUCGACUCAGACUGGAACCCCCACAAUGACAUCCAGGCGUUCAGUCGCGCCCACCGCAUCGGGCAGGCCAACAAGGUGAUGAUAUACCGCUUCGUGACCCGUGCCAGUGUGGAGGAGCGCAUCACCCAGGUGGCCAAGAGGAAGAUGAUGUUGACCCACCUCGUGGUACGGCCCGGCCUGGGCUCCAAGGCUGGAUCCAUGUCCAAACAGGAGCUGGACGACAUCCUCAAGUUUGGCACCGAGGAGCUGUUCAAGGACGAGAUUGAAUUCCUCUCACCACCACGUAUGUCCACCCUCUCUCCCCUACGGUGUCCAGCGGGAGACAACAGGGACGAUGAGGGCAGUGUGAUCCACUACGACAGCUCGGCCAUCGAGAGGUUGCUGGACCGGAGCCAGGACGCUACGGAUGACACGGACAUGCAGAAUAUGAACGAAUACCUGAGCUCCUUCAAAGUGGCCCGAUACAUGGUCCGAGAGGAAGAUAAGAUUGAGGAGGUGGAGCGUGAGAUCAUUAAGCAGGAGGAGUGUGUGGAUCCAGAAUACUGGGAGAAGCUGCUGAGACAUCACUAUGAGCAACAACAGGAGGACCUGGCUAGUAAACUGGGCAAGGGCAAGAGGAACCGCAAGCCUGUCAACUACAACGACGCAGCACAGGAGGACCAAGACUGGCAUACUGGUAUUUCAGAUAACCAGUCCGAGUACUCUGUGGGCUCCGAGGAGGAGGAUGAAGACUUCGACGAGAGACCAGAAGGUUCUCGCAGACAGUCCCGUCGCCAGAUGAGGAACGAGAGAGACAAGCCGUUGCCCCCCCUGUUGGCCAGAGUGGCUGGCAACCUGGAGGUGUUGGGCUUCAACACACGCCAGCGGAAGGCCUUCCUAAACGCGGUGAUGCGUUGGGGCAUGCCCGCCCAGGACGCCUUCUCCUGCCAGUGGCUGGUCAGAGACCUGAGGGGCAAGAGCGAGAAGGAGUUCAAGGCGUAUGUGUCUCUGUUCAUGCGUCACCUGUGUGAGCCCGUGGCCGAUGGCGCCGAGACGUUCGCCGACGGCGUGCCGAGGGAGGGCCUGUGUCGUCAGCCCGUGCUGACCCGCAUCGGGGUCAUGUCCCUGGUCAAGAAGAAGAUCCAGGAGUUUGAGCACAUCAACGGGCGUUGGAGUCUCCCAGAGCUGAAGCCAGAGAUGAAGCCUGAGGCUCUGAGGCCAGAGGUCAGUGUGUCUUCCUCCUCCAGAGCCUCCUCCCCUGGAGGGACCAUGAAGACUGCUACGCCCACCCCUGACCCCAGCUGUACCUCAGACAACACCCCCUGCACCUCCAAACCAGCUACCCCUGCUCCCUCAGAGAAACUAGAGAAGAACGGGAAAGAUGGAGAGAAGGAGGAGGCAGAGAAGGAGGAGGGUAAGGCCCCGUCUGAGCCAGAGAAAGAUGGAGAGAAAGAGACGGAAGGGGGUAAAGCGGCAGAGGGCAACAGGAGUGCAGAUCCUGAAGUGCCUCCAAUCCCUAUGAAAGAAGCUCCGCAAGAAUUAUCCCCUAGUACAACAACAGACAGGGAAGAGAGUGGUACAAAAGAGGAGGGGAAAGAAACAAAAACGACUGACACCCCUCCGGCCCCAGUGGAGGAGAAGAAAGGAGACGAGGAGAGUACGGAGGGCGCACCGGGAGGAACAACUAAACAAGGGUCGGCGGUCAAAGAUGAGAAACCAGGUAGUGUAAUGCUCUUACCUGGCGAGAAGAUGGAGGAGGAGGAGAACGACAAGGGGAGCGAGGAAGCCCCUGUCGCCACAGAAGCAUCAGACAACAAGGAGAAGAUGGACAGACAGCUACCCUCUGACGUGAUGAAAGAGGAAGUAAAAGGUGAAAAGGAUGCUGGGAAAGAAGUGGCGAAGGAGGAGGUUGCCAAAGACACCUUGCCGAAACCCCCCAUCAUCCCACCCGAGCGACGGCGCUUCAUGUUCAACAUCGCUGACGGGGGCUUCACGGAGCUUCAUACGCUGUGGCAGAACGAGGAGCGGGCGGCCAUCUCUUCUGGGAAGAUGAAUGAGAUCUGGCACCGGCGGCACGACUUCUGGCUGCUGGCGGGAAUCGUUCUUCAUGGGUACGCGAGGUGGCAGGACAUCCAGAACGACCCCCAGUUCGCCAUUGUCAACGAGCCCUUCAAGUCGCAGGCCAACAAGGGCAACUUCCUGGAGAUGAAGAACAAGUUCCUGGCCCGCCGCUUCAAGUUAUUAGAGCAGGCCCUGGUGAUCGAGGAGCAGCUGAGGAGGGCAGCCUACCUGAAUAUGACCCAGGACCCGGUCCACCCCGCCAUGGCCCUGAACGCCCGCUUCGCCGAGGUGGAGUGUUUGGCUGAGUCCCACCAGCACCUCAGCAAGGAGUCCCUGGCCGGGAACAAACCUGCCAACGCAGUGCUGCACAAGGUGCUGAACCAGUUGGAGGAGCUGCUGAGUGACAUGAAGGCUGACGUGACGCGGCUCCCUGCCACACUGUCCCGAGUCCCGCCCAUCGCUGCACGCCUGCAGAUGUCAGAGAGGAGCAUCCUCAGCAGACUAGCCAGCAAGGGUACCGACACACACACUCCCCCGACCAUCCCUCCAGGACCCUACGCCACUCCUCAGAACUUUGGACCCGCCUUCACCCCCAUCCCCCCGGGAGUCUUACCCAUGGGAGGGGCCAACUACAGCCAGAUGCCCCCUGGAUCUUUCGUAUCAGUGUUGAACGGGCCUCCCUUGUCAGUGAAGAAGGAGAGGGAAGCUGAGCAGCUCCUGAGCAGGAGAGACCAGCGCUUUGGGGAAGUCAUCUGUAUCGACGACUAAAUAACACCACUCACUGACCACACACACACACACACACACACACACACACACACACACACACACACACACACACACACACACACACACACACACACACACACACACACACACACACACACACACACACACACACAAGGUUAUUAUAGUUUGUGUUUUUCUUUUCGUUUUUCUUUCUACAUAAAAAAAUGUAUUCAGUUUAGUUUCAGUUUGUUUUCAGACCUGGUUUACUAGUUAUUAUUUAGUUUGAGUUUUAUAAAAAGAUUUAUAUUUUGUUUUAUAUUAUUUAGUUAUAGCGACAGAAAAUAGCGGAUUUCUUCCCUAUUAGCUAGUGACAGCAGAAAUAGUUUAGGAAAUGAGGAGAGGAAUCUCAUUGGUCAAGGAAUGAAGGCACGUUUAACACCCAGGUUGUCGACCAAUCGCGUUCACGUUGUCAUGCUGUGUAAUGUGGUUGCUAAGCUAAUCGUCACGCAAUCCCUUGUAAAAGUCAGGGUACGAGAAUAGAAACAUGCCCAUUGUCCUCGAAUGUACGUAAUGUCACUAUUUUAAAGCUAUACCAUAUUACAGAGAACAAGUUAAUUAUCUCACAUCUUGGAAAAUAUGUGUAAUAUUGUGUUUCUUGUUCUGGUAGGCUAAUUCAUAUUUAAAAGUUUAUUUUAUUUUUUAUUUAACCUUUAUUUACCCAGGCAAGAACAAAUUCUUAUUUACAAUGACAGCCUACCCUGGCCAAACCCUAACCCGGACGACGCUGGGCCAAUUGCAUGGGACUUCCAAUCAUGGCCGGUUGUGAUACAGCCUGGAAUUCAUGCUAAUGUUUUAUUUUUUGCUAGCACCCAAUUGACUCCCAUUCAAGCCUUGAAGGAGUUGUGCUCCUUGUCCCAGAAACGCUCCAAAUGCACCGCACGGCCCAUUGACAACGUACGGGCAACAUACACGAGUUUCCCAUCUCCUAAUAUCUUCAAGUAUUUCUGGGAAUAACUAGUUAUAGUGAUGCAGAAGCUAGGUCUAUUUGAUUCAGAAGCUUGAAAACUCAAAAAAAAAAAAAAAAAUAUAUAUAUAUAUAAAAAAAAACUGAACAUAAUUCAUGAUGGUUUUAUUUUAUUUUAAUUUGUUUUGGAGUCAAAGAUAAUUUCAGUAUAGUUUUAGUUUUUCAAACAGAUGUGUAAAUUAUUUAAUUUCCCUUUUCGUUUCAGUUUUCAUUUACUAUAAUAACCUUGACACGCACGCACACUCUCACACACACAUACAAACAGAUUAACAUAUACACGUGUGCACACACGUGUAUACACACACACAAACACACACACACACACCAACGUGGUCUACGCUGUUACAUACAUACAUACCCUCACCUGCUCAAUCUCUUAUUGUCUGCCUCAAACCAACCAAUACUCCUCACAAGCAGCCUACUAAUACUCAUAGGUGUCCACUCCACUCCAGAACAAUAUACAUGUAGUACCAUAAGCUAUAACCUCUUUAUCCUGGCACCGCUCACAGACCCUCAACCUCUCAACACCAAAUACCUAGAACCAAUAACCACUACAGAACUUGACCUUUGACCCUUCCACAGGUCGCUCCAGUAACAGGAAGCUGCAUAAUAUAACAGUAUAACAUUUGACCUUUAACACCAUUCCCGCCAUUCGUCCUCUGACGCAUGCAAUACUCACUACAAAAUGGUGUGUUAUCAUUCAAGUUGUGCCUACAGUAUUUCUUCUAGUGUUGUCUCAGAGGCUCGCCGAAAACCAUCAAUCGUCCUGUUGGAGAAUUGAUGUGAAGUAUUAUAGGACUCAGGGGGCUCUAAACUUGGCAGGAAACUCUCAGCCCAUUUCCCUUUCAUGUUGACCUGAUGGUCCAUGUAGAAAUCCUGAACAGUCAGUCAGUUUAACUCCAACUUGACUGAGUGGGGUAUAGCGUAGUGGAUGUUCUUACAGACCAGGGUGCAUAUUUUUUUAUUUUAUUGGGAUGGGAGGUUCCGGUGCUGGUUCAGGAUAGGUCUCACUCACAGCAAUCAAAUGGAUAGUUUCAGAACCCCUGUGAAUGGUCAUAACCUUUCAUAGGCAAGUCAUACAGUGUUAUAAAGCUUCUUGACUACCCUCAACUACAGUCCUCCUCUCCCCUUGCUCUCUCUGACCUCCCUUCCUCUGGCUUCUAUCCCCCUUUUCUCUUCCUCUUCCUCUCGAUCAACCAUUUCUUCCUUGUUUGUUUUUUUUUUUUCGAGUUUCUACUUCUUUCUACGAAUUCUGUGAUAUUCUUUGCAUAUUUAAACUUGGCUCAUUCGUGUUCUCGUGUUUUUACUCUUGUUAACUUACUACGACUAUGAUUAUUAUUGUUGUUGUCGAAGUUGCUGUUGUCUUUGCUGUUACUAUUGAAAAAAGAGCUUUUACCAAAUGAGAAAUUGAGAAAACAGUAAAAUCUUAUGAUUUGGUGCAUUUCUUAUGCUGCAUCUGUCAUCUUAUAGUCAGAACAGAAAGCAAACAGAGGUUGACCUUUGAACUUCAUAGAUAGAUAUAAUACACAAAAAAAAAUGACAUUCUAGAUUUGGGGCUUGCAAAUAACCUUUAUAAUAGAUUACAUAUGUAACCCUAAAUGCGUUAAGACAAAAUGAAACGGUGUACGAUCUUAACAGUUAAAGUACAUUAAUUCAUUAUUCUUUGGAAACUCAGAGGCUGUUAGUUGAAUCGAGUCAAUUUUAUAUACUGUAUCCACAAAUACGCCUUAAACAUAACAUAGCUGAAAUAACUGUAAAGAAAGUUAUGUCUGAAUUAAGUGUGUUAAACCUGAAUAGAUCAGGAGAUGUAAACUCUAUAUAUGCUAGUUGAAAUAGUCUACUUUUAGUUAGUUCCCUGCACUUAUUUCAAAUAAUUAAAGUAGAAACAUUUAAUUUAUUUAGCUAACACGCUGGAUACUCCACAGUGGUGUUCCAAGUUGAAGAGUCGAAGCAACAUUUCACCGAUUACGUUUCGCAGGAAGUGUUUUGCAACCCCGUAACUAGAAUGUAUACUGUCAAAUCAAGCACUUCUUUUCUCAUUUUAUUUCUUUUGUUCUUUUUUUUUCAGAUUUUGUUUUGUUUUUCAUUUCUUGAUAUCUUGUGUUACUGUGUACGUUGUUGUGAUGCCGAUCGAUGAAACAAUGAGUGGCAGUGAUGCCACAAUAAUAAUGCAUCUCUUUGUCUUUUAUUUGGGGUUUUGUUUGUAAUAAAAAUAAACACAUUUAAAAAAAAAA